GUGGCGCAAUCGGUUAGCGCGUUCGGCUGUUAACCGAAAGGUUGGUGGUUCGAGCCCACCCAGGGACGAUACUCAUUUAUAUUUUUUUUCUUUUACAGUGUUAAAUUAUUAUGGACGUGGCAAUCUUUACUCGUAUUGUCUAAACAUAUCAGAUCGUUACCGGUAACAACAACGUGUCUGCACCUGCGAUUUACACACUCCCUCCGCUGUACCAGCGGGGCAGUGAAUGCAAGACUGGAUGAGCUUGUUUCCUUUCUAAAGCACGGAACAGGGCUAAUCGGAUUCCUCUUUUGCCAAACUGCUGAUGUAUGUAAACAAUGCAGAUUUUUGUGAAAACACUGACGGGAAAAACCAUUACCCUUGAGGUGGAGCCCAGUGACACUAUAGAGAAUGUCAAAGCCAAAAUCCAAGACAAAGAGGUGAUAGCAGAGAGAGGCGGGGGAGACAGAGGGGAUGAUAUCCAGCAAAGGUCCCGGGCUGGAUUCGAACCUGAGCCGCUGCGGUAUCCCCCCUGAUCAGCAGCGUCUCAUCUUUGCCGGAAAACAGCUCGAGGAUGAACGCACCUUGUCGGACUAUAACAUCCAGAAGGAGUCCACCCUCCACCUUGUCCUGCGUCUGAGAGGGGGCAUCAUUGAGCCAUCCCUGAGGCAGCUGGCUCAUAAAUACAACUGUGAGAAGAUGGUCUGCCGCAAGCGCUACGCUCGUUUGCAUCCACGUGCCGUCAACUGCCGCAAGAAGAAGUGUAGACACACCAGUAACCUCAGACCUAAGAAGAAGCUGAAGUAGACACCUGGAAUCAGUGAUCACUGUUGUCAAUAAAAGCAUUUUGACAAGCAGCACUGAUAAUGAUUCAUUUCUUAUUUACAGUUAUCUGCACAUUGACACAUUUUCAGCAUGUUCAUCUGUAGCUGCUUCAGCUAAUGUCAAGUCUGACUGUAAAUACAUGUGAUGACACAUAAAAACUAAUGCGAUCAUAAUGGUUCAGUGUGCCUCGCUACAUUGUAGGAAACCUAGAAAACCAUCAGGGUGGUUAGAGCUGGUGUUUAUUCUGUGAAGCGUUCACUUUGUAAUAAUGGCUUUUUAGUGUAUUAAAUCAUAUUGAGUACAACAGUAUGUUGUAGGCCUUAUUGAUCCAGCUGUGUAUUGACAACUUGCGUGGAUUUAGAUUGAUUAAUCAAUGCUUCGUCACAUUUCAUGUCCAUCAAAUGUGGUAUGUGGGCACUCAGCUGCAUCUGUGUUGUUGUAGAGCAGUUAAAGGAUUCUGUUGGAUCCUGUUUGUAAAGGUGUAAAAUGUGAAAUCCCAGGAGGUGUUACUCACAAUAGAUAUUGCCAGAUUGCAACUGAUGAGGGGAGUUUACACAGACAAAACAAAAAAACAUACACCAGAGGUUGACACUAUGUUCUACAAGGUCAACUCUGUACUGCUAUUCUUCUUAUAGCUGUUUAACUCCUACCAGUCACGAUCCCACCUAUCAAACUGUAUGUUGCAAAAAAAUUAAUUAAGCAGAUGGUCCACAUACACAAAGAAAAUACAUUCAAAUAACCGAGUGACUGUAUUCUUUGCUUUUAUUUCCAAACUGUCAUCACAACAGCUCCAAGUUUCAGACACAGAGCUGGCAUGACUGUCCACACUCAUCCUUAAAACAGAGCAGUAAGGCUUGAAAAAAUGAAUACAAACACUGCAUGAUAGACCAUGUUAAACAAUACAGUCUGUGUAAUAAAAAGACUCUGAACUAGACGUUCUGUUUUUCUUUUUUUCAUACAGUACAGCCACACUCUCAAGGCCUAGGGCAUACAGUACUGU